AUGUCUAGUGACGUUCAAAGACCAGUUAAAGCGGCCGUCAUUGUCGUCGAUCCAACUGUACAAUUCUUUAUUAAUCCUGUAACAAUUACUAACAACAUUGUAGCAUGUAAAUUUAAGAUUAAGAGCCUCAAUAUUGUUAUAAUUAACGUUUACUUAGAAGAAGGGCAACAGAUUGAAGAUGAUUUGUGUAAAAUUUCAAACUACGCAAGCAUCCUAAACGAAGAUCACAUCAUAUUAGGAGGAGACAUUAAUGCGAAGAGCCCCUGGUGGGGUUGCAAUGUGGAGGAUAGAAGGGGAGCAGCCGUAGCAGAAACUCUAAGCCAACUAGGCCUACAUAUAUUAAAUACAGGGAAUAUACCAACUUUUUCUGUAUACAGAGGAGAGAGAAACUACACAAGCAUUGUCGAUGUCACUGCAUGCUCGAGUGGUCUCCUACGAAAAAUCUCCAACUGGAAAGUAAACCCAGAAUUUGUCACACUGUCUGACCAUAGGGCCUUAACAUUCGACCUAAAUAAUUUAAGCACAGUGAGAAUAAAUACAGAACGACAAUCCACACGUAUUUACAACACAGGUAAAGCCGACUGGAGCAAUUUUAUAGACACCCUUAAACAAAAAUUAACCACGUUUAAUAUCACCGAGGAAACUGUAAAUAUAAUUAUAGACACAGAUCCAUUAGAGAGUCUAGUAAGGUUAUAUACCACAUGCGUGCAAGAAUCUUGCGAAAAGACGAUCCCUAAGCUGUCUAGGAAAGUACUCAGAAAGACACCAUGGUGGACUGAAGAACUAAGCACAAAGAAAAGAGAGGUAAUUCAGAAGAGAAGAAAAAUUAGAUAUGCAAACCAGAGAAGGAAACAAAUAGUAAUACAAGAAUACAUCUUAGCCAAAACAGAAUAUAAAGACCUCCUAACGGAAACUAUGACAACUAGCUGGAAGAACUUUUGUGCAAGGCAAGAUAAAGAAAGUGUCUGGCAGGGCAUCUACAGGGUCAUAAGAAAAUCAGGCAAAGCACCAGAAGACACCCUGCUGAGAACAACAUCGCAAAGCUGUAUCUUAACUCCAGGGGAAUCAGCGCAACUGCUAGCUGACACCUUUUACCCAACCGACGAGAUCACAACAGAUGAACACGACCACGUUGAAAUGAGAAACAUUUCCGUAACUAUAAGAAAAGAGCUGUGUGAUAAACUGCAUCAAGACAAUUUAAUACCUUUCACUACCACAGAAAUAGAAAAUGUAUUUAACAGCAUGAGUCCAAAGAAGUCACCAGGGGAGGAUGGGUUAACGGCAGACAUAUGUGAAAAAUCAUAUAUAGCGGCACCAAAAGUACUCAUAGCUAUAUACAACAAAUGCCUAUCUCUUGGAUACUUCCCCCAGACCUGGAAAGGCGCGGUAAUCAAAAUUAUCCCAAAACCAAACAAAGAAAAUUAUACUCUUCCUAAAUCUUAUCGUCCUAUCGGACUUUUACCAGUCUUCGGGAAGGUCCUGGAAAAGAUGUUUGUUAACAGAAUGUCAUGGCAGCUAGGACGAGAAAAUAAAAUGAGCAACAGACAGUAUGGAUUUGUAGCACAGAGGGGUACUGAGGAUGCCUUGUAUGAUGCCAUGGAAAUAAUAAAAAAAGGCAUAAAGGACAAAGAAAUAGUUGUCAUAGUAUCCAUAGACAUCGAAGGGGCCUUUGAUAACGCUUGGUGGCCUGCCAUCAUAAAGGAACUCAACAACAAAAAUUUAGAUAAAACCAUUCAGAGACUAAUAAGCAGUUAUCUGUCUGAGAGGCAUAUAAAACUCAGAUACGCAGGCACUGAGAUUAUCAAGGAAACAAACAAAGGGUGUAUUCAGGGCUCAAUUUGCGGCCCUUUGCUUUGGAAUCUUCAGCUCGACUCCCUACUUCAGGAAAUCGAAGAUCUCAGAAUUCAUAUACAAGCAUACGCUGAUGAUAUAAUAUUAAUAGCAAAAGGGAAAACCGCAAAGGACAUAGAGACAGAGUUAAACCCAGCACUAAACUGCAUUCUGAACUGGAGCAAAAAUAGAAAAAUGAAAAUAGCAGCCCAUAAAACAGAAGCUAUUAUUACAACCAAAAAGACGAAGUAUGAUAUUCCGAAAAUAGUAUUGGGCGACGCUGAAAUAAAAUACGGGCAGUCUGACUAUAUUAGGACUUACAAUUGA